AUGACGAAAAACGACGAACAGUUAUCAGAGAUGGGUAAAAUGGUUGUGUUACCAUCUUCCUUCACUGGUGGACUCUGUUACAUGCAUGAGCGAACUCAAGAUGCUAUGACAUAUGUACGUCAUUUCGGACGGCCAGAAAAAUGGCAAGAAAUAGUAAAUCUUUUAGUUCAAGGCCAAAAAUCUCACGAUAGACAUGACAUAAUAGCAAAAAUUUUUCACGUGAAAGUAAAACAUAUGAUGAAGCUUCUAACGAAUGGUUGCAUCUUUGGCAAAACGAAGUGUUAUAUGUAUACCGUGGAAUGGCAGAAAAGUGGACUCCAUCACAUUCAUAUUUUCGUGUGGUUAAAAGAAAAGAUAAGACUAAAGUCUAUUGACAAUGUUAUUAGCGCUAAAUUACCUGAUCCCGAUCUAGAUCCAGCCCUAUAUGAAAUUAUCAAAACAUAUAUGAUCCACGGUCUAUGUGGAUCUCUCAAUACAAGUUAUCCCUGUAUGUUCGAUGGUACUUGCACGAAAAAAUAUCCAAGACCUUUUCUGAAGGAAACUCAAACAGGAGAAGAUGGAUUUUCUAAUAUCGUCGACGAUCUCCCGAAGAUGGUGGAGUAA